GAGUUAAAGAUUGCUGUGAGUAACUAACGCACAGAUGAACAAGUGUUCCGCUUUGAUGGCUUUAUUUUGAAUCCUUGGACCGGAAGUGCUGACCUUAUCAUGGUGAGUUUGACAGUGUUGUGUUAACGAGGUGCAGCUGCGGUAGUUGAAGAGGUAGACGUCAAAAACAGGGCAGGAGAGUGGGCCGAACAGCGGACGUUGAGCGCACUGAUGGCCUUGCCGCGUGCGGAGUGAAGGAUGGGCUCCAUGGUAAUGCAGCCAUGGCCAGAUCCAACAACAGAAGUGCCGAGGACGGGGACUCACGAGUAGUCGCCCCCACGGACCGCGCAGAGGCUCGGGACCUGGCCGAGCCCCGGGAACUGUCUCUGGAAGAGGUGCUGAAGUCCUACGAGCAGCCCAUCAACGAGGAGCAGGCAUGGGCGGUGUGCUACCAGUGCUGCAGCGGGUUGAGGGUGCCCCGCCCGCCUGCUGGGAGAGUCAGCCGGGUGAAGGACCCGUCCUCCAUCCUUCUCCAAAGAGAUGGAACCGUGUUGUUACAGCAGGAGCCCGGACGAAACGGUAGGUCAACUGUCGGAUAACGUCCCAAACUUCCACCUUCUGAGUAGCUUAUUUAGAGUUUCUUCUAUACAGACCUGGCUGUUAGAAACGUUCAUUUUAGAAAUAUGUCAAUAUUUUACAGAGUAAGACGGUUAAAACAGUUUGGUAAGACAUUCUGUUGGGCAUAUUACAAUUAAACUUCAAUUCGGCGUGUAGUCAUGUCCACAAAUCAUGUUUAAUAAGAAGUCUGGCGCUUCAACUGGUUCGCCAGACUCUCGCGGUCAUCCCCUCCGCGGCACAUGGCAUUAUGCAGCGCAUUCUAGUAUUAAUGUUUAAUUUUGCACAAAUUUAGGACCUUUUGGCUGUCCGCAUGACUGCAGAAUUGAAAGUACACUUUUAGUGAUUCCCUGGAGAGAUUAAAUCGUGAUCACUCCGGGAAGGACCAGAGUUAAAGACAGCUGCAUGAGAAAUGAUCAAAUAUCAGACGGAGUUUGGUACACAGGAACAUCUUGUUCGUUAGUGAGAAACAAACACCUCCAAGCUGUCUUGUUCCUCUCUAUAAGCAUAAUAUUGUUUAAGAAGCACAUUCAAGUGAAUUAUUUGAUCAUGUUUCCUCUGCCUUCUCCUGUACUAAACGACUCUGGAUUGUUUGGGACAGUGAAGUCCGUGUUUUGUCGCACUCCUCAUGCCAACAGUGAUGACUUGUAUUCGCCGGUAAAUGAUAAAUUAUUCAUGGAGCACGGCUUCAUCCUUGCAUCCCCUCUUACAGAGUCUGUUUCGGAGACUUCAAAGGGUGCAUACAAGCCCAAAGGAUUAUACAGUUCUUGUUGUUUCCCCACUGAAUGAAACUCACAUCUUUGCGUAAAACCCGAGUCUUGUGUUAUUCUAACAGAAGUGCUUCAGCGGCUUGAGUGCCAAAACAGUAACUUCAACUAGACUUAAAGUCAGGUUUAAAUUAGCUGUAAAUAUCUGCAGAGGGACCUCUUAUGGACACUUAAGGAACCCAUUAAACCUUAAAGUACCUUGAUCUAAAUGUCCAUGCAAUUGUUUCAAGGUUGUGUCCUUCAAACUGGACCAACAAGCAGUGUUUGUGCUGUUCAUUCACCAUAGUAACACCUGAGCAGCACCUGUGAAAGAAUCUAACAAGAGAAGUUUACAGUUUGUUUCUAGGUGAUGCUUAAGGCUUGUUGCUUGGCAACAGGAUGGCAACUAUGUCAAAGGAUUGGUAGUUGAGAAAUUUAUACAUUGCCAAAAUAUUGAACAAAAAUGGUUAAUUUUUAAAGGUCACACUGGCUUCAUUAUUGUUGUGAGAUCAUAAUCUGUGUUUGUAUUCUGCUUAGUCAGACUAUAGUUGAGAGAAAAUAUUCCCCAUUUAUUUCCCCAUCACCUUUGGACACUUAAUAUCCUUCUAAUGAACCAAAGAGGGGGUACUUCAGAUCCCGGUGAACUAGUUCCCUGUUUCUCUGCUGCAAACACUUCAUCGCUCUCAUUAUUUCUGAGCUCUCACAGAGGAGAUGUUUAAUUCUCAUUAACUGGCUUGUUUAUACUUGCAGCUUGUGUAGGUUGAUGCUCGGCUGAUCUAUAAGUAAACACAGCCUUUAUCAAAGCAGGGCAACAAAUCCCUUAACCAGCAUCAAGCCACUCUCGAGUAGAGUAGUGAUUCUGUUUACAUUGUUAGUGCAGCCAGAGGACCAUUUGCAUGCUUUAAGUGGCUGAAUUCAUCCCAAAUCAGCAUUAUUUUGAGACAGCUGGGCUACAGAAGAAGAAAAAAAAACACCAGCAGUGAUCCAAGGAUGAGGCAUUGUUGAUGCAGACUAUUUUAUCGACCCAUUACAGUAGGGUGUCCAAACCACUUUACCAUUAUUGGGUCUUAUUUUGUGCAAGCAAAGGGACAAAGUCAGUACUGGAGGUUUUAUUUCUUUUAGAAGAUCUUGAAAUUAAACUUGGUAUUUUGAGAGUCACACCAAACGUUAGAUAGUAUUAGUGGUCAUAGGAAAACCUGAAAAUUUAACACUGCAGCUCUUUUUGAUCAACUUAUCUGAUCAAUCUGUAACUUACUUGUUGCUUGUUUCCUGCAUAUAAAAUGUACAGGUAUUGCUCUAUUUAUUGAUUUGUGACAAUAAUCAGAAAUAAUCUUUGUGGUUCACUUUUGGUUGAACAGAAGAAGUCACUUUAAGGUGUGAAGACCAAAUGUGUUCAUAGUUCUUCACAACUUAACUGUAUAUUGUGGACUCGGGCAAUGAAAGUAUGCAGCAGCAGAAGAGUUGAACACUCAGUUUCGGCGAAGAGUUGGAGCUGCAAAACGGACUCUUUCUGCACUGUACUGAACUAUGAAGACUGGAGCUUUGUAUUAGUGGGCUGUGAGGUGUUCAAGCUGGUUACUGAGCUCUUUUUGACUGAAGAUAAGGAGUUUGAACCAAAAGGCAACCUCUGGUGUUGAAAAAGAAGUCAAAGCAGAAAGGCAAAAAACUGCAGUUCCACUUGGACUUGGCUGCAAAGGCCCAGAACUCCCAUCAUGUCCAGAGUUUAAAUUUCCCUGUUUUUACUGUAAAUAAAACAAAUCAAAUCAAUCCUUGUAGUUGAAAAUAAUAGUUCAAAUAAAUAGUUCAAAAUAAUUUGCAAAACUAGGAACUGAUGGAGAGGCGAACAUGAUGUGGUUGUUUGCCAGUAGGUUGAAAACCAGCCUUGGCUCCACCAACUUGCCCAUGUUUAGGAUGACCAAAAGUUUUGAUUGUAUUUCCAAUAUGGCACCCAUCAUUUUUUGGCUUCAUGUUAUCUCAGAGAGGAAGGGAUAGCAUCACAGAGACUAUGCCCAUUUUUUCCACAGUCUGCAGUUUGAACUGUUGACUAGUGGUCGACCAAUAUCAGAUUUUCACCAGCUGUUGCAUAUGCCAAUUAUGACAGAGCAGGUCAGCUGAUUGAGACUUUGUUGUUGAAGUUGUUUUUCAUUUGAUAAAAUACAACAAUUAAAACAUGGUAACAAACGAGACAUAAAGUUUCUUAACUUAUAUAACAAUUUAAAUGAAAACUAAACUCUUCAGCAGAAACAUCCCAAUCAGCUUAUUUGGAAUAUACUCAACUUCAGCUUAUUGCAUUUCACUAAGUCCAGGUAUCAUUUUCUGUAAAACUCUCAUCUAAAAUCAAAACUCUACUCAGAGUGGUGUAAUGGCUUUAGCUUAAACAAAAAUAAAUCCCUUUUCCAUUUGGUGAUAUCAAGCAAAAUUACCAUGUACUUGUUGUUUGUUUUUGUCCCGAGUGUGUCAUCUGUUUCUCAGUGGGUUUUUUUAUGUAAGGAUUAUUUUUUGGGCUUUUCUUGACAGAAAAAAAACAUUGGAGAGAGUGGGAAAUGCCUUUGCUAAGUCACUUGCAUAUUUGGGUUCUGCCGCGGAUUGUGCUCUGUUUACAGCAAAUAAAGAUUAAAAUAAAGCUUCAUCAACAGAUCAGUCAGUUAAGAUCAGGAUUGAAACAUCCCUACUCUUGAGUUUGAUUUACAGCUGCUCUGUAGAGCUUUGAUCACAUCAAACUAUCCUGGUUAAGAAAAGAUCAAAGUUUGACUUCUGUCUACCAAAAAGUUGCACUCCUGCAAAAGUCAUUCACCUGCCAUGAAACAAAUCAAAUCUGGUAAAAUCUGACACAUUUCCCCUGUAUUUCAUCUCUGUCAAUCACUGAAGAAAUGAGGGAGCUACAGAUCUGCUAAGUGUGAUAAAAUGGAAGUGAAAUCAAGUGUUGGUGGGUUUGCAUGCCGCCCAUCCUGUCGGCAUUAAAAAAAAUACCCCACAUCAGCAUCAUCAGUAUUCACAGCCGGUUGCCUUAGAGUAUUGAAUGAAUUUCUGUAAGUUUAAACUUCAUCAGGUUGUACAUCAGUCCGCAGAGAAGGAGGAAGUUAAUGUGAAUCCCAAUUCGAGCUGGCUCUGAAGCUGCACUACAGCGUUUUGAUGUAAGUGUACACCUGAUGUACGAGCCUGAGUCACUGCUACAGAGAAGAAAAAACACCUCCUCCACUCUGACAUGCUGCACACUCCCUCUGUUUACCAAAUGAGUUUCUGCUGUCUGCUACGAGCAGGCACUGAAGAAAUAAAAGCUGGAGCACCAGCAGUGAGCAGCAGCAGUCAGAGAAAGCUGAUCUCUUCAACAGUUUUGCUUCCAUGUCCUUAUCUUGAGUGUCUUUUUGGUAUCAAAGCAUGAGAGAAUGUCCCUGCUGGAGAGUAUGAGAACAAGAGUGCAGAUUACUGACGUCACUGUCAUCAUCUGUCGGUGAAUAUCUGGCCCUAAACGUCUUUGCUGGGAAUCCAAACUCUAAUACAGACUGAGUCACUGUGCUGUAUAUAUAAGCCUUUUUUUGACAGAGAUUUAUUUUCUCACCAUACAACACAUGCAGAGUUACCAGAUGCUAUUAGACCCAAUUCUUACUCAGAGUUUUCUUAAAGUUUUUCAAUUUGGCAAGAAAAUCUGUGUUUGGAAAAAAAUAAUGAGGGUUGAUUUUGGUUCCAUUCGCAAAUCCUUUUAAUAUGUGCAGCCAGCAUACAGGACUGAAUUGACUUCAUGGCUGCAGUUUCAGGGUCUGCAGGGAAAUGCGAACUGUCACAAACAUUAGUGGAGCUACCACCACCAGCCUUUGGCCGUCCUUGCAGAGCAAUGUCCACAUGUCUGCACUGAUAAUGCAUUUCUGUGGUCGAGUAACCAGAAACACCUUACAUGUGACUUUAUCUCAUACUUUCCAGAUAGAAGUCUGACACACCGGAUAAAAUGCCAUCUGUAUCCAUGGCAUAGGAUAUAUGUCAUAUCAUUUAGGGAGCUAGCUACAGUGAGAGCACAAAAACUUAUGACUUGAAUUUUUGGUCUACCAUAAUAAAAACAUCAAAAAUAACUAUAACUGAUCGCUUAUUCUAGUACCAGCCGAACAACAUUUUACUGAUAAAUAAACUUAAGUACAUCCUCAACCAAAAUACAACAAUGCUUUGUUGUAGUGUUGUUCUCGCAUGGGUGAGGGUCACUUUAAUGAUCCAGUGUCCUUAGCAUCUUAAAUAACUGACAUUCAGUCAAAUGGAAAUCAAACUGCUCCUCAUAAAAAGAUGCUGUGUCCCAUAUUCACUCUGCUCAUCUGAUGAUUCAACAACAGCAUCAGAAAAGCUCCUGAUUUGUCAUUGAUUCGUCUCUGAUUACCCUCCUCCUGCAUCAGCUCGACUGUAUCCAAACCUCUGCAGAGUAAACAGAGUAAGGAAUGAGAUCCUGAGAUAUGAGAAAGUGAUCCACAAAGUACAUCUUAAGUCAACAUACAAAGUCCAGAUAAAAUGUGCUCAUCACCUCUGUGUCAAUAGUGAGACCCGUCAUUAUCUUGCUUGCUGUGGACUGUUAAACACUCUCAAAAGUUUAUAUUUGCAAGGUUCCUCCACACCUCCCUCUGCUUCCCAGAAUAACUGCAUUCUGAUCACACAGGGGAGCUUUGAUGCAAAUCAGUAACUCAGUCUCUUUUUUUUUGCAAGGAACUACCUUCAAAUAUCAGCAUCAGGAUCAGAAUCAAUGCCAACUUGUUGUUGGCUGUGUUGACACACACAAGACAUGUUCAAAGUCCAAUGAAAACAUAGUAACUCAACAUACCGAAUGGAGAGUGAUUUAAAGUUAUCACCUUAGUGCAAAGGUCAACUUGGGGUCGACACAAAGGUGACCCUUCUAUCAUACAUGCACUUUUAGAUGAUGAAGGUAUCUACCUGACUGUUUGCUCCUCCCUUUACAUCAGCUCAUAUCCUCUUUGUGAUUCUUGCCGUCGGUCAUGACUUGCCUUUUUCUCCCCUGCCAAGUUUCACUCUCUGUCACUUUGUGGUCUCUUUGCAAUGUUGUCUCGCAGAUCUUAUUACCAUGGCAACAGAUGACAAAGGCCGUCCUGGGAGAGUGUGUUAGUGUGAGCGCAGACCAGCUCAGGAUAAAGAUUUUGCAUCUUAAGCCCAGAUGAAAUGUGUUACUUAAAGCUAAUGAAUGAGAUAAAGUUUGUAAGCCGAGUCUGGAGGAUGUAUCCCUAAACAUUGUCUAAUGUUACACUGUCAUUUAGAUGCUGUGUGAUGUGGGCUCAAUGAAAAGCACAAUAACUGAUCAGUUUACCUUGAUUUUGACUUUAGCUUUUGUUUUCUUCUUAUAUAGUUACUUGACAAGAUUUGUUCUAGGGAAUUGGGCAAAUACAUGAGUAAUCAGGUACUGUGCAAGAUCUGCUGUAUUAAACUUGUAUAUUACAGAAACUCCAGUUCAGUGUUGAACCACAUUUGCUGAAAACAUUGGGUUUAGCGUAAGGAGGAGGCUUCUGUGAGCUGGUGGUGUUUGUUGAGCCGUAGUAUGAGCCACCAUCAUGGCAGACAACAACUGAGAGAGUGGUAAAAGUAUGAAGCAGAAUUAAGGGCUGUUUCACAGUGUUGACGAAGUGUCUUUCACCACAGACUCAUGGACCGGUCUCACUGUCACUUGUUGUUUCCUUCACAGUUGGGAACUGAAGAUCACUGUCCUUAAGACACACAGCACAGGUUAACAGCACACCACAGAAAACUUAAAGUGACUGACCUUAGGUGUUUUGUGGACUCGUGUGUUUUUGAGCCGUAGUUUUAAAAAACCACUUGGUCAUAUCACCUUUCUCUGCUGAAACUGUUUUCCCUCAGUGUGUCCUUUUUUGUUUGGUGUCCUCUUCACCCAAGCUUGUGCGUGCCCAAACAACCAGCACAGCCUUUUUCGUGGGCACAAGCUGAUUGACAGGCUGAAAUUAGAAUUAGGCUAUGCUCUAGUCACACAGUGUUAUACAUGCAUUUGCAGUCAAAUAUAGAAUUUAUCUUUUAAUAUUAGAUGUGGAAAUGUAGAAACAGGGCUGCCUGCCUGACACCUUCCCUCUUCCACUGAUUUUAGGUAUUGAAAAUUACAAUAUUUAAAAGUCUUCAAUCUUGUCCCUGAUGGUCUUUUUUUUAGUCGUAAAGAGUAAAAGGCAUCCACAUGAAUUUUAAGUGUAUUUUAUAAAGAUCAAAAACCUCCAAACAGGAACUUUAAAGGGAAGAUUCUACCUGUGCCAACAUUGGUUGAUAUCUUGAAACAUGCUAAUCACUUGAUCUCUCGAUUCAUCCUUUUGUUCAAAUGAGCUUACCGAUGACACCGGACAUGCAAAACUAAAACCUGACUCUUUGAAACUUAAAAAAAAAAAAAAAAAACCUAACAAAAAAACAACUAUUGUUUGUGUUUUAACAACAAUAAAUAUCCUAAAGUAAUAUGGUUCUAUUUAAUAGUUCUCAAAAAUGCUUCUGGACAGCAUUAAAUGUCAGUUUGUCUGAAAGACGGAAACAUCCUCUUUUACACAGCCUGUUGCGUUUUCAGUGUUUUUGUGAUUCCGGGGUCUGAGCAGCAGGUCUCCUGGUGGAGUUUCUGGUGUGGGUGCCUCGCCUCUUUUAUGUUCACUGACCUGUAACUGUGGGAAACUGGUGCAGGUAUUAUCUGAACCGGUCUGACAGGUUUGAAGGGGGUUUAUGUUCGCAGACUCUAUUGGGAAGUGGAUGGGCGUCAUAAUAGAGCAUUUCUUUGCCCUCCUUCAGUGUCAGUUGUCACCUUUUGUUGCAGAUUGGAGCAGUGAGUGUUCACAUGGAGCACACAGUGAUGCUCCUGUGUUCAUCUCAGCACUUUGUUCUUUGUUGUUGACAGGGCAGGAUGCUGUGGCAGGCUGACUCCCCCUUUGUCCACACCUACUCUCCCCACUUGUCCAUCUUUUUUUUUGCUGCUGCUGGAUCAAAGUCUCUCGCUCACUUUUUCCUUUCAUCUCUCUCUUCCCUCAUCCUGAUCUUUCCACCGGUCCUCUCUCACUCUCUCUGUCUUUGUCUGCAUCCCCGUCCACUCUCGAGUUUCUCUGCAGAGAGAGCUGCUGACCGGAGGCUUUCAGGUCUCCUGGGUGUCAUUACAGACAUCUGAGCUGGGAGAAAAAGCUUUUUUACUCUCUCUCCCUCUCUCGCUCUCUCUCACACACACGUAAACACACACAAACACACAUGCAGAGACAUUUUAGAAUUAGAGACUUAAAGCAUGCAGACUUUGUUUUUGUUAUCGCUGUAAAGUUCAGAGCAUCCUGUUGGUGCACCAUAUUGAAUUUUCUGCAGACGACUCACUGACUAAUCAGACAGAUUGUUCAAAGCUGCCUCUGGCAACAUUUCUAAUUGAUACUGUGUUUUAGAUCCAAACACAGGAGGUAAUGACCAAAUUAAACUCAAACUAUGAAUAUGUAUCUUGACAUUACUACAAAGUGCCAUCUGUUCAUUGAAAGCUUUUAUUUUGAAUAGGCAUAAACAAAGACGCCCUAAAGAGUCACUGGAGUGUUUUGAAAUAUGGUUUAGCUCUGUGUGACUCACGUGUAAGGUGGAAGAGUUAUUACUAUCAUUAUUAUUAUUAUUAUUAUUAUUCGAUGGGAUCCUUUUCCCAAUAUAGUGGCAAAACCGUGAAAAAUAUGGCCCAAGUUUCAGAGGAAGGUUUUAAAAAUGAAACAAAUUCCUUCAUUCAGCCGAGCAUAUUUAACUCUUCUCUCUGUUGUGGUUUCAGGCUUACAUUAAACAAGGGCUGUCAUGGAUUUUAACAUGGCUGUUACUGCUUUAAGACAAAGACUUGAAGAGGACAAGACAAAGGAUUUUUAUUUAAACCAAUUUAGUGGACAAAGCUGAAAAUAUCUUAUCCUGCUAGUUUUUAUGGUGAAGAUUUUAUAUAGAAAUGGGAAGGCUGAUUCAAGCCGACCCUCCUGCUGGUAUGAGGUAUUAAAAAUUACAAUAUAAAAAUCUUCAGUCUUGUUGCUGAUGCUCUUGUUUGCUUUUUUAUAUCCCCCAAAAUCAUCUGUAUGAAUUUCAGUAUAUUUUGUAAAAGUAAAACUCCCCACAGAAGCUUUAAGGAGCACAAAAUCAGGGUUUGAAGUGCCAGCUAUUCAAAUCAAAUCCUACAAAUACUCUGAGGAUUAAAACUUGAUUUGCUUUUUAUUUAGUAGCACAUUGGAUUUGUGCCUGUUCUGUGAAAGCAAAUUGGACUGACUUGACCAAUCAGUGCCAAGUUGCCGUGAGGACAGCAUUUAUGCUAUCUCUGGCAUGCUUUUCUCUUGGAUUAUAGCGCAAAUGUCCACAACAAUCAUCCGUGCUUUGUCAUUUUCCAACAAAUAAACAGAAAUAUAUAAAGAUAUAAAUAAGAAGGGAGCUUAAUUUUCCAAAAUGUGAAAAAUAUUAUGAAAAAAUAUCAAAAACUGUCUUUUUUUUUUACUGAUCUGAAAUGGAAUGAAAUCUAUAUCUAAAAUGAUUGUAUUUAAAGUUAUUUUAAUAUAAUAUGAUUGACAGCUAUUAGUACAAAUUUUUUUUUUUUUCUAUUUUGAGGGGGGGGCUUGGUCAAAACAAACCCACUUUCUUAUUGGUUGAGAGCUUACAUUAGUUUGUUUCUCUGUCCUCCCAGAUGACACUGAUGGAUCUUCUCCUCCACCUGCUGCUGAGCGUCAGGUAAGAAAGCAAGAAAAGACUCGAAGUCCAUCUUUAUUUCAACAGGCACACUUGUCUGGUUCCAGCAAUAACAGGCUUGUUUCACACAUUAUGAAAUUAAGUCACACAAUCAAGUGUCUUCUGUGCUUUACACUUUUGAAUCACUGUCUUCUUACAUAUGUUGUUUUUAUUAAAUAUCUCUGUUUGAUAAGCUGGUUUGUGGUAUUUCGUGUUUAACUUAAUAAACACAGUAUGAGAUUCUAGCAAAUGAGAACCUGUUCACUGCCUAGUUGUUGGGCUGUCAAACUGUAUUUACUUUUGGUCCAUAUCAGUCUUUAUGGGCUUGAAAUCAGGUAGCAGAACUGGUUUCCAGUGAACAUUGCUCCUCGUACCAUAAGAAUGCUUUUUAGUUAUGUGUGUCCAAGCUGAGCAAACCAAAGCAUGGAGAGAAGUGAGCUGGCUGGAGGAGUUGAAAAAUUGCCAUCAUACAUCUUCUAUGGUGGCUCUGAAGGUCAACUGCAUAAACAUUUCACAAUGCAAAAGACAUUUUACUGAAUGCAAACAUCAUUGCACUUCAAAUCUCAUUUAUGCUUCACACACAUACAAAACUAGAUCUGUGUAGCUACAACAAUGUAAUUGCCACAUCAAUCAUACUUCAUGCAUCUUUUGCAUUAAAGUGAGUGUUGAAUGGUAUAUCUAAAAACGUCAGUUUGUUGCAAAUGUACCAACUAAACCUGGUUUUAGGGGAGAAAAGAAAAGAGCCAUGCAUGUGAAAAUCUCACAAUCUGUGGGCACGGUGCUGUUAACACUGAAUGAUGUUUUCAGUGGUGACUGUAAUGCACUGCCCUCAUAUAAUUAUUGUAGCCACAAUAUCAAUCAAUCAAUCAAUCAAUCACUUUAUUUAUAAAGCACUUUUCAUACAUGGCUUGUAUCACAAAGUGCUGUACACACGGGAUAAAAAAUAAAUACAAACUGCAAAACUGCAAUAUGUGAGAACCAGUUUGAAGUCUGUGAGUUUGUGAUGAAUCUUUAGACAUGAGCAGCUUUUCUUGGGAAAUCUGGUCUACAUGUAAAUGUUUAAUUUCUUCUGUUUGCCUGUGAAAAAAAAACAAUUGGUGCCUUCCAACAACAGACAUUGUGAGCAUUUGUGCACAUGGUGCAGUAGUGUAACUUAGUUAUUCAUAUCCAAGCCAACAUUAUAAGACAAAAUCUUUGUCAACCAGGUGUACAGUUUUUCUCCAAAGAAUACUGUAUCGGACACAAGUGUCUUUAAGGCUCAAAAUUUUACCUCUCUGCUCCUUCCAGGUGGUCCAGUCUCUAGGUGUGGCCAUCUACCGAGCUCUGGACUGGGGGCUUGAUGACAGUGAGGAGCGGGAGCUCGGUCCUCAGCUGGAGCAGCUCAUCGAGCACAUGGUGGGAGGAGACCAGGCCGGAGAGGGCGAUAGCACCACUGGUAGUGGUACAACAGAUGAGGGCUACAGCGGACAGGAAGAGGAGGAAGAAGAAGAGGAGGAGGACCAGGAUGGAGUUUUAAGGCCGGUUUGUACUUUUCGGCAGGUGAUGGCACUAUGUGCAUCUCGACUGGCCAACCCCACCCUGGCUCCAGAGCACUAUCAGGCUGUCUGCAGGGCUCUGUUUGUGGAGACUCAGGAGCUGCAGACCUUCCUCAUCAAGAUCAGAGAUGCGAAAGAGGUUAGUUUGUUAAAAACCAAACAAAGGCUGAUAUUUGGCCUCUUAUUUUAAAGAUGACCAACAAGGGUCUGCACCACCCACUACACUUUCUAAUUGACGAGACGCCAACCCAGUAUCAUUCAACUGAAGCAAAAGAGACCAUUAGCAACACAACCGAUGUUUUCUAUAUUGUGGAACUUAAAUCUUUAGCAGUGCUGGUGCUGAAGUCUUUAAAUUGGAAGCAUUACAACUGUAAUAUACUGCAAACACAGUGCUACCCCACCGUUGUUUCCACAUUUACCACAUCACAUCCAACAACUUCAUACUAACUAAUGUAAAGUCAUCAUUAAAAGUUCAGAAUCUCCAGCAGAUGCUUGUUUGGUUAUGUUUGCACUGGAUUGAACAUAACAGUGACUGAUUCGUAAUACCUGAGGCACACAUCAUUCUUUACUGAUGCAAUAACACUCUGAGCAGGCAUUACCAUUUUAGGUUUUAUAAUGAAAUAGAACGAAAGGUCACACCACAAGAGUUAUUUGCACAAAUGCUCCCAAAUAUAUUUAGAGGAUAGAGUUUCAGAAAGCUCCGAAUAGAAGACCUAACAUGAACCUGCUCUUGCAGUUUACCACUUUGAUUGUCAUUGCCAACCCCUCACAUUCGAGGAGUGGAUUGAUGAAUUAUAUUUGUUGUGAAGAACUUUUUCUUAAUGUGUCUUCAGAAAGAUGUGUUAGUCAAACUGCAGAUCUUGUGGGUCAAAUGUGUGAAACCUUUAUGGAUAAACUUUGUGGAGAUGACCGAGAAUCCUGUGAUAUUGUUUUAUCUGAACAAAUGUCAUUGUUUUUUCUUCAACUUUCUCUUUUGUGUCCCCCUCUCUGGCACAUUCACAUUAAUCUUAUGGACACACUGUAUCUCCUCCAAAUUGCAUAUAGUUAAAGUUAUUAUUAAACUGAAGAAUCUUUCAAAAUUAGAAACAUCAGGAAAGUUGAUUUAGGAAAGUCUACAAGACCUGCUUUCAUUUCUGCCAGUGCACUUCUGCCUCCUCAGACCUGCACCUCAGUGAGUGUGUGUACUUUGAUUUGACAUGCUUAGACACUCCUGCAUUUAUAUUCCUGUUUAUAUUACAGAGCAGAGACAGAUGAAAACCAAAACAGCUUCCUCCACAGUUUUCUUCCAGAGCUCAGUCAUAGACUACAUGAAUAAAGGAUGUAAUGUCAGUGUUAUUACCCACUGAUAUCUGGAGCUGAGUCUUGAAAUGCAUUGACAGCAGUUGUCCUAUUCAAAUUUUUUGCUUAAUCUGCCUUUUGGUCAACAAAGAAUGAAUCAAGAGGGUGGAGUUCAGACAGGUCUUUAGCCUUCUUGCUAACAGCUGCUGCAGGUUGCCCACCUGUCACGCAAAUUAACUAUACCCCUAAAAAUGCCAAACUUGCAACCUUGAUGUCUAGGAAACUAAUUAGUUAUGUAGAAAAUUAUAGUGUGCUGAAAAAAGAGCUACUCAGGCCAGGGCUGCUUUUGAACCAGCCUGUAAACAUGUUUAUUUUUGCUGUAAAGAUGGGCUGUUUUUCAAUGGGUGUGUAUGUGUGUGUUUUUUAGGUUUAUUUGCAAGCUUUUAUGCCUUUUUAGUUAGAUAUAACAGUGGCUACAGUAGGAAACUGGGAGGAGAGAGUGGAAAAUGACAUAAUUGGAGGGGUUACAGGGUGGAAUCAGACCUAGACUGUAUGCUUCAAGGACCACAGCCUCUGUGCAUGGGGUGUGUGAUAGGACUGCUGAGCUAAACUUGCCCCUGGAAGCUCUCUUCUAACAUUUGUGCAUGCAGGAGGUUGGCAGAAACACUUCCAGUAGCAGCACAAAGAGUCCAAUAAAAUCAUAGCUUAGUGAGAUUUUGCAUUUCAAAUGAUCCAGAAUUCAUGUUGUCUUGAACCUUUCAGAUAAAUUAGUUCCCAAACUGAAAACUUUAUAUUUAGCUCCCCUAACAAGUCAGAAAAACUACAGAAAGUCCACAUUAUUCCACAGUAUAUGAUUCACAACACUCUGUUUGCUCAGAUAUAUUAGUAAGACAUGUUUACAUUCACAGUAAUGGUUUUGUGAGGCCAUAUUGUACAGGUUUUUAGGAAAUGUGUUGCUGCAGCAACAACUGACAAUCAUCAACACCAGGAAUAUCUAUCAUUCAGUGGUGUACAUAUUAUUUCACUGAAAGUGCACAAAAUGUGUGUAUCUGCUUUCGUUGCACAGAUGCUGAAGAAAAUCUCCUCAGAGGAAACUCUGGAAGACAGAUCGACAGCUGAGCUGGACUCACUGAAACACAGAGACUGGGUGAGAUGAAGCGAGCGAGAGCACAGUGUGACAGCAGGAACAAUACCACUCUGUGUUUGACAGAUGCAGCCGGUAUCGUGGUGCCGACUCAUGCAGAUGUGCCUGUUGUUGUUGUUUUCAUGCCAGGCCCGGCUGUGGGUGCAGCUGAUGAAGGAGCUCCGGCAGGGAGUGAAACUGAAGAAGGUGCAGGAGCAGCCGUUCAACUCACUGCCCACAGAGUUCAGCCUCACGCCCUUUGAGAUGCUGAUGCAGGACAUACGAGCUCGCAAGUUCCAGUUACGCAAAGUCAUGGUGAGAGCCGAGACCUUCAUCAAAAACCAGUCCAAGUAUUAGAGAAAAUUGUCAAUGCUUUUAUUGCACAUCUGUGCUUGAUUUGAAUUGGUCCAAUUCUAUAGAAACUUUCAACUAUUUGAAGAAGACCCCACUCUGUGGUUUAAAUCACAGACCCUAGACCGACACUAGUCACAUCAUUGCUUAGAAAGAAAUCUGCUUCAUUUGGAGUUGUUUUUUUUUACUGCAGGAAUAAAAAAAAGACUGAAACAACAGAGAAAAAGGCUUGAUCCAGGUUUGACAUACAAAAACUGUAAACUACAGCAGUGAAUCUACAAAAUAUAAGAUGGUGCAUGCAGAUACGACUUUAACAGAGCAUGGUCUGUGAUACUGUGGCAUUUACAGUCAGAUUAGUGGAAAAGAAAAUGUGACAGACGGACAGUCAUAAAGCAGUAGUUAAGCUUCCAAUCAAAGGGGAAAAUAAAGACAAACAGGGGUCCUCCCUGCGGCCAGUCUGAUGAGCUAAUUUGCAGUCACUGCAGUGGCCAUGCUGCUUUUAUAGUUAAUGACUGUUGUAGUGAACAGAAAGAGAAGGGUUGUAGUUGCACAGAUUUUUCUACCUCUGCUUUCCCUUUUGUCCCUUUUGUCUCUCUUUCCUUUUACUCACUCUCUACACUCAAUCAGGAGCUACAGUGAUUUAUACGUUCAACUUUAUGAAAUCUCUGUACAAAAGAAAAAAGGCAGAAAACCAAACUGAACGUCUGUUAUCUUUAGGCCCUCAGAUGACACUGAAUUAAAACCGAGGUAACUCUGCAGUGCAAAUAACCACAUGGGCUAAAAUAAACUGGUCACCCAUUAAAACCCUGAGCUGUUGAGCAGCUGAAUUCCUUUAUUGAACAAAAAUGGGAAAGCAUUGUCUCUGCAUUAUUUUAAAUGACUAAUAGGGUUUAUUUAACUCGCAAAGCACCGAAUUCUGUUUUUAUCAACACUUAACACAGCAUCUUAACUUUUUGGCAUUGCAGUUGCACAUUACCAUCGGAGGGAGUGUUAAAUGUGAUGUGAGUUAUAACAGCUUUUUUUAGUUAUUGGAAUAUCAGUUUAAUUGUAAAUGCUGAGGGCAGUGGAUAGGUAAGUUUUGAGUUAGUAGCUAUGAACUGUUAUAAUCAAAAAAGGUGAAGACUUUUGAAAGCAGUUAAAUCAAACCGAAAAACAUGAAGACUUUCUCCUUUAAAAUCUUGAACCUGUGUAAAGGAUUUUUAUCUCUUCAGAUGAAUAAAAUGGUUAAUUAGAUUGUUUAAGAUUGUGAGUUAAGACAUUGAAACCUUCUUUUUCAGGCUGUCUAAUAAACCAUACACACUGCAGCAUUGUUACAUGCAUUCAUUGGCAGCUACCUUUGGGUGAUGCAUAAUUCAGCCUCAGAACACUAAUAUUAAUGAAGUCUCCUCUCUGCCUUCUGUUGUUCUGGCAGCAGUUUCAAUGAAAGGAUUCACUGGACUCUGUUGUUAUUUCAGCUUUCUAUUGGGACUGCGUUUUGGUUUUACCGAAAUUAGUACAUGAAGAGCGGAGGGCGCGUCUUACUUGAUUAAACAUUAAAUUAAAUAGCUUCCAAAAAAUGCCUGUUAAUAUAAUGCACCAUAUGUUUAGACCUUGAACUACAACAUAUGACAGCUUUAGUGGCUAUGAGGACACUCUAGAGACACACAGACCAUGGGGAGACAACGCAAGCAUAUUUUUAAUCCAUUAACCUUACGCAGAUAAAGUUAGUUUAUUAUAUUCAUUCAUUCAUUUUAUUUUGUUCCUCCCAUAAAAGUGAACUAUAUAGUACAAAAAGAGGCCACACUCUGAGUGGACAGUGUUUGCCCCUGAUUUUAUGAUUAACAGUGUUAUUGUCUUUCUUUGGUCUCUCCCAGGUAGACGGUGAUAUUCCUACCAGAGUGAAGAGAAACGCUCAUGAAAUGAUUCUGGAUUUCAUCAGAUCAAGACCUCCACUUAAACCAGUAAGUGUGUUUAAGCCAUAUGGUGUACUGUGAAUUUACCACAGCAGUAAGAACAAGUACCAUGUUUUAAUCAUAUUAGGCUGUGUCAGGGAGCAUAAUAGGGAAAUAGGUGUCAGCAUUUUAUGGCAACCUUUCAGCACAGUUAAAAUCUGAGCUCACUUAUUUUAGUUUAGACUGCCAUGAAAGUUAUGAGGAGGACUGAAACCUUCCCCUCCAGCCAGUAAAUCAGCAGUCUGUUCUCAAGCAUAUGCAAAGAGUGUUGCCUGACCCACUGCUUCAACUCUACUUUUGAAUGUGAGUUCUAACCAGCAGGUACCCCAAUACAAACUGCCUUAAAAACUAUUAAGAGUCUACCUCAACCAAAUUCAAAAUAAUAGUUCUUCAGGCUGUUUGGUCCAGAGUAAAUCACAAGUACCCUUUCUUCCUCUUUUUAUCCCCCUAUUUAUGUUGUUUUGUUUAUACCCUACAUGUUCAGCAUGAGUCUAUAGCAAAUAUUCCAGUGUGGAUGAUAGAAAGUAUCGUAUCAUAUCAUAUUGUAUCGUAUCAUAUCUUUGUUACAUCUGGUCUCAUUAUUUCUUAUCAAGGAUGUAACAACACAAAAAUGGUUUUGAAAGUUUUGGUUUUUUAGUGACAGUUUGGUGACUUUUCAGUGAAGUGAGGGAAACAAACACAAUGCACAAAAUCACAAAAUAUAAUAUUAUUAAUGAAAUCCUAAAGACCUUUUGAUUUGCUGGAGAUUUCUUUCUCUGGUGUAACAUUUUAAAUGAAACAAAAUUGAAAAAGUACACUGAUGUGAAUUGCAUAAAAAUAGAAUAAUGCUGCAACCUAUGACAAACGCGUCUGCAGUUAACGAAAGGUUUAAAGUAAAUGGUUUUGAAUUUAUACAUUUCUAAAUAAAUGCAACUUUUUUAAGCGCCAACACAGGCACUGACAGUUUUUGCUUAAUACAGCCAACGACUUCAUAUUGAUGCCCUCCAAGCACAGAAUCAACCUAAUUAAACAUUCUGCUAGUUCUUGAUAUCCAUCUUUCCAUCAUGAGUGCUGCAGCAGAUGCCCUGGACAAGUCAUACACAUUGGCAGCUUUUGCUUGUUCAUAAACAGUGGUUUGACUUUAAUGAGAAGGGGUUUAAUAUUGCUGCUCUGUUCCCUUAAACAUGUGUUUGAAUCCUGUGUUCUCAAUAACGAAGUAUGGUUGUUACACUCAACUAUGAACCACCAGUUUGAUACCUGUGUUUCAAAUGAAAGCAGAAGAUUGAAAAAAACCUUAAACUAACACUAGCAAGACUUCAAUGCAAAGUUUUGUCAUUAAGAGUAGCCUCAAAGUAAAUUUGUCUGUAAAUAUAAUAAAGGACUAGGACUGUUGCUCUGCAGAGGUUUUUAUAAAGGACUUAAGGGAAUGUGCCUGUUUUGUCAUUGAAAUUUCUCAGGAACAACAAUUGUUUUUUUUUUUAACACUUUGUCCUCUAUAGGUUUCUGAGCGGAGCCUCCCUCCUCCUCCACCACAGCAGCAGUCCCUCCAUGACCUUGUCCUGGCCGAGAUCAAGCAGGAGAGAAAGCUCAGGCCCGUGGACCUCUCAGGCAACAGACGUAAAUAGACAAUUAUUCACCCAUGUUUCUUUAUUGCCACCAAAACCACAUGAAAGUCAAAAUGUGCUUGUUUCAACGAAAUUCUAAAAAGAGCAGGAGUAAAGAAAUGCUUACAUCUGUGCUUGUGUCUCAGUACUUCAUUGGCUGACGUGCAAAAAUGCUUGUGUCCAGCCUUGUUAAAGUCACUUGGUCAGUGAGUGACUGAUGGAAAUACGCCAUUUCAGUGGCUGACUUUUGUUUUGGCUGCCCAUUUUUUUGAAAUGAAUGGGCGCAGUUCCAAGUUUUGUAUUGGAGAUACUGAGAAUAGACAGCCUCUCAAAGUCAAAGCCCACAUGUUCAUCUUUACUUACGCGUGCCCACCUCCAUAUGGGGUCAGCUGCGGUUCAAGAUCACCUUUGUCUCAUGUUGUGUGUACAUUCAGCUGAGAUUGCACAACCAUCUCCAGCUUUUUUUCUUGGAAUUAAACAAACUAGAGGGUGCCAAAGCUUUACUGCUGCUUUAUGUGAUUAACAUUAGCCACAACAACUUAAUGGGAACCACUUACCAAUCCAAAUCUUGUACACUGAAUGAGCACACUGCACAGAGAUGCCACAAUACCUGAUGAUCCUCACUGUUACUCUUGCUUUUCUCUGGCUGGGCUUUUGGGGAGUUAGUAUAAAAUUGAAGGUGAAUGAACCAACCACUCAGUGAGAUAACAGGAUUAGGGCUGAUGCUUUAGUCUGCAUACUUUGUACUGAAGCCUGUUAAGGGUCAAACUACAGUCAUAACACUUACAGCUGGAAGCUGUAGCAGGAAACAAUAGUGUUUUCCUAUUUAGGGUUACAACACAUGAUGAGCUGGUCUCCUGUUUCAUGAGUAUUGACCAGUUAAGCUAUUUACAGAUGAAGGUCAAAGUAUUUGGUCAGAAAACACACUGAACGCUGGAGACUGUGACUGGAGUAAAUACAGCUUGCUGUGUGAAAUGUGAAAACUAGAAAUGAUAAUUUAGCAAGUAUUAUUUUGCAAAUACUGACAUUAGAGGCAGUUUUGGGGGGGUUUGAGGGUCAUUUUUUUCGGCAUGUCUGCUGAAAUUCAUGAAGAAGGUACUGAAUUAAUACGGUACAGGACCUAGAAUAAAACAUCAAGUUAAUUGAUUUGUUCUUGAAUGAGCAUUAAAUAGUUCUUGAAAAAUUAUGACUUUAUUAUCAUGAGUUGUGACAAUUUGAAAUGAGGGAUGGCAUCUGUCCGUUGGUCAUGUGUUUUUACAAUUUCCUUAACUGUAUUUUACAAGAAAGACUAAAUAUGUACCUUUUUAUGUUUCUUUUACAUAAAGCAAGUUUUAUUUGGAGGUAUAAAUUCCUGAGACAGAGAGCAAAAAACCUCCCUUGAAUCAUGGAAAGCAAAGGCAGUCAGGGCAGCAGCAGACUUCUGGAUUACAGAGCCGAACAUGCACCAGAGACAAUACAUAUGACGGUGAUAAAACCAGACAUGGACAGGAGGAGCUGAGGGUUAGCGUUGCAGAGCUUUUUGCAGAGGAAGCAGAAAGAGUAGGCAAGAUAAAGCUAUCAGCUGAUUUGGGCUAGUAUUGAUGUACUUUAGCCGGGGCUUGACAUCAUAGCCUGCCUGAACUAACACCAUGCUCAAUAACUAUUCACCAGCUUGAUAAGCACUGAAAAAUAAAUGAAUCCAGCUGUAGUUUAGCUUAAUGUUCACUCUGAGCGUUAAACACUGUCAUGAGUGAUGACCUCUACACUACAUGUAAAGACUUGAGCCCUCGUUGAUAAGAAAAAUCAAAAGAUACAACCCCUUUAUGCCCGACUGAAUUUCAUGGAGCAAUACAGUCUUUUAUAAUGUUACCCAAAAUGACUCAGAACAACACAGAUGUUGCAGUAGGAGAGCAAUAAAGGGGUUGCACUUUUGCAUAGUGGUUUAAAGUAUUAGUGCUUGAAUCUCAAACUGAGUGGAGUGACGUCUUAUUGACGUUCAGUUGCUGCUUAUGGUUCAUCUCUGAAUUGCUGUCCUCUCAGGCUGAUUUGUUCCCUGAUGGUGUUUUUGUUCUUUACCUCAGCGUUUGGCUCCCUGCCCUGUCUGGCUCACACUUGUCCUUGUAACAUCAAGUCCACCUCCUGCAUCGACCUGUCCGUGUCUGAGCUCGGAUGCCGCCCACCAUCCCGCCCUCGUGUCCUGCUCAAGGCUCCCACUCUGGCCGAGAUGGAGGAGAUGAACAUAUCUGAGGUGAGGACAGACGCUGAGCAAUAAGUGGGGGGAUGAUUGGGGUCAUUGUCUGUGUCUCACAGGGCUGGUCUUCAUCAGCACUGACUCAGUGUUCCAGUUUAAGUGGGUUAAAAUGCCUCUGUGCUGAUGGAGGACAGAACAUUGAUUGGGGUGAAUCCCUCUUCUCUUUAACUCUUAAUGACUUGGGAAGUCAAAGCUUAAAAAUGUUUCUCUCCUAUUUUGAAAAACUUGCUCAAUAGGCAAACUAGGUCAAAACCAACUUCUGCUUCAGCCAUGGGUACUGACUUGUUUACUUAAUUUAGAGUCUACUGGGGUCUACUGAGUUUUUAUUUCCCAUACUUUUUCUCAUUUUGAGCAGAGUUAGCCAUUCAAAAAGUGCAGCUCAUAUUCUUCUUCUACCACUUGAGCCUUUGUUGAUAGAAGAAUUCGUCUUCUACUUUUUUUGUGACCAUGAAGCAAAUAUUCAGUUUAUUCAGUGGUUUAUUUCUCACUGCAUGUGUGGUUUAUGGCAAGAUUAUUUAAAACCUUCUUUUGUUGAAUUUCUCAGCUCUGCUCGGCUGAACACCAGCAGGCACUGGCAGAAGAGCAAAUGAGUACCUGUUAUAAAUAUUAACAGCAGCUGUGAUUAAAGGGGUUAGAAGCUGUAAUCUGUUAAUUUAGAAGGGUUGGGAAAUUUUAUCAAAUGGAAAAGGAAGAAAUAACUUAUUGUCGGAGAAACAUUCAUGAAAAAGCUGUAACCUCCUAUCUUCAUAUGAAUGCACUGAAGGUAUUCAGUUUGUACUGAAUUACAGUGAUAUACUUGCUACCUCAAGUAUCAUGCUCAUCCUUUCAAAUUCCGACACUAGAUUAAAAGCUUUUUUCUUGUCUAAUUUCAGUCAUAUUUUUUAAAAUAUCUUUAAACUAAAAAAAAUACAGCUGUAAGAAAAUGAGCUAAAGAAGGACAUUUAAAAAAAAGGAAAAUGGUGAAUAUGAUUGUAUAAGCUGAUGAAACUUGAAAAACAAAGUUGAAAGAAUGAUGAAGAUUUUGUCCAAGAUGAUUUAUAUACACCACAACCCCAGUCAGUCAUUCCAAAUAAGACUCAAAAACUGUCACACUAAGUCAAAUUUUCCAGAGGAUUCCUGCAGUGUGAAUCUUAUCUGUUCUAUUUUUAGAAGAGAAUUCAUUAGCUCCCAAAUCCACCUGCUAAAAUAAAGCCGAAUGCUAGAGGUCUCCGUAGGCCGUGCAGCUUAACUGAGCUUUUGUUAGAGGAAGAUAGUGCACCAAAAAGACCAAGAAAAGGGCACGGCUCGAUUGCGCCACCUGCCAUCUAAGAGUCUGCAUCGUUCAACGCUGAAUACUGAAAAUAUGUGAUCAGCAGGAGCUUGUUUACACCUGUCACAGAUGGGACUCACCCCAGGGAAGAUAUUUGACAGAUGAAGUUGGUGAACAAUCCAAAACUGAGCAAGGACAUGCAUCUCGCAAAUGAAUUAUGAAUUAUUGCUGUGAAUUAUUUUAUCACCAGGUUAGAUUGGGUUUAAGGUUGCAGGGAAGUAAAAAAAAAUGAACAAACUUGAAUUGUAUUAUUUUCUGUUAAUUAAGAAACUUGUGUUUUUCACUUUUCUGGCUGAUUUUUGAAACACACAAAUGUUACAGGAGGAGGAGUCUCCAGACAACGGUGAACUGCGGAGAGCGGACAGCUACCCCACACCUCUGAAAAGAGAUCGCUCUUUCUCUGAGCAAGACCUGGCUAUGCUCCGUGGUGAGAUGCUUCCUUCACUCUCCGAGUCGGCCCAGCUGAGCGGGGGAGUCAGACUGAGGGGGGAGAGGCCUCGGUCCAGGACGCUAACAGGUGCCGGCCCACUUCCUUAUUACAGAGGUCAGUAUGUAAAUGUAUGUCACAGAUUUGGUAAUCAGUUGAUUGAUGUUUAUUUCUACAUGUUGAAACUGAAAUGAUCAACAGCUGCUAUUUAAAGAGUCAGCCACUGAGUCACAGGGCCAGAGACAAGGAAUGAAUAACAGGGAAUUUUAGAAAAAUGAUCAAUGACUGAUGGAGGUUGGGAAUGAUCCAUAUUGAACCCUUGCAAUCACAGCCCUAGACUUGAGGCUACGUGUUCCUUUGAGAUAAGAAAAAGAAAUUUGAGUUUGCACAAACAUCCGUGUAGAUUUUUGGAGAGUUUCUAAAACUGCAUGACUUUAUUGCCGAAGUAUUAGAAAUCAACUUCUGAAAAAUGUCAAGCUCAGAAAAGGAGUCAUGAUAAACCUCUGGGAUGUGCCAUCCCAUUUCAAAGGGAGCCUCACAAAUGGCCAGUCAGUGAUGGUCAUUUAAAGUAUCAUGUUGUCAUGGUAACACCUGAAGGUAACUUGUGAUCCUCUUUUGGUCUGGUGGGCAGGCUGAGUGUUUGUCAUCUCCACUGGAUUAAUCACUGCUGAGUGAUUCACAUUGAAAUUAAUAAUCAUGUGAUGUGAAUCAUCGAAUAUUAAAUAUCCAAAAUGACUGAAUGAAAAACUGCUGAUACUGAUUCUUAAGACUUGAUUGGUUUUGUUAAAACACAUCUAUUCAGAUAAGAUCAGCUGUUGUAGUGUUUGUUUGCGCUGAAAAGCUGCAGUCAGUCUUCUCGUGUUUGCAGUUUUAACUUUUCCCCCACAGAGGGAGACAUAGUGCUGUUUAUGUCGGAGAGUCUGUUGUUUCCACAGGCUCUAUUUUUGUCCUCAUUUAUGAAUAAGUAAACAAGAGAUUUUGAUAUUUUUACAUAAAACAACAUCACACCCAAUUUUCUAAAACUAUUGAAACCAGAUUGUAUUAACAUCAGUGCUGGUUAUCAGCUGGAAGAAAAGCAGUAAUGUAUUAAGGAGACUGUCAAACAAAAACACUGUUUUAUAUCCUUUUUACUACAGCAUGUUGAUUGAAAAAAAAUGUUUUUAAGGGUUUAAUUUUCUCCAUUAGAGCUUCGGAAUAAUGUGUUUGUUUUGCAGACUCUAUGUCCCCACCUCCUACAGUCCACCCUCAGGUAUAUCUCAGCACUAAGCUCAUUGAAUUACUGUGAACUCAUUGAAAUAAGAGCCCACUGUGAUAAAGACCUUACAGGCUUGCUGACAGGGACUUGGCAGAAGUUUAAUCCGCCAUCAAGCUGUGGGAGUGUGUGAUGGAUUCGAAUCAAAUAGAAAGAUGUGCUGAUAAAGUGUAACUGAGGAAAGCUAAUUGGUUAGCCACAGAGACAGUGUUACCUGUUUUGACGGUCAUGGUUCCAGUACUGGCCUGGCUGACAGACAUCCAUAUUUGGAGGUAAUUGUUUGAAAAACAGUCUGCUGGACCUGAACCACUCAGCUGCACGCCACAAGCUGUAGUCCAGACCCAGUCAUCUCUGGAUUGUUGUUUACUACUUUGCCUGCAGGGGGCUCUCCAGUUUUCACUGUGUGGACAUGAGUCUGUAAACGGCCUACAGCUGAAAUAAAUAAUAUCUGCUGACGACGUUUACUCUCCUCCCUCUCACUCUGUUUUACUUUCCAUUAGAGCCAAAUUGAAACUUUCCAUUUGCAGGAUGGAAGAGGCUCCCAGAGCGUGGUCUCUUUUAAACCCCCUCCCACCAACAGAGCUUCUGCUUAGUUCCUCUUUUAGAGCUGCCGCUGAGAAGGCCUCUCACUGUGAUCUAAGUUACAGAUGGAGCAGCAUGGGCUCAAUCUCUCCACUGAAACCAGAUGAAUAAUACAUGGUACAGUGAGAGUUGAUCGACAAGCACUGCAAGAUCUGAGACACAUCUGAAUGAAAGAGGCUGAUAUCUAAUUCAUGGAGUAGUUAGACCCGGAUCUGCAGCUCUUUCUUGUUCACUCUUUGAUUUUAUCCUCGUGAUUCGAUUGUAUUUUGUUCCUGAUAAAUUUUCAAUUAUCUCCCAUUAUCAUCCAUUCAACCCCUCAGCUUCCUUCCCAGUUCACGGCUGGGUCCCACCCUCCCCAGCCCGACUGUCUCUGAGCUCAGUGGACGAGACCACAGAGACAACAGAAACCAGGUGGAGCUCCAGAACUGGAGACGAGAACCAGUGGAUGGUGAGUGAGACCAUUUAUGUGGAGUUUCCCCAGGGAUUUGAAAUUCUAUCAAAUCCCAAUUCACUCUUAAGUAAAUAAGACAAUUAAAAAAUGUAGAUUCAUUAACUUUGGUUCUCAUUUGAAUCAAUCCCCUUUGAAUGUUUAGAGAUGAGGGCCAGAAGAAUCAGUCGGCAGAAUGACAACGUUUCAAAAUAAGUGUUAAAAUAAGUGUUCCCUGCCCCAAAAGGUUCAUCACAAGUGGUUGUUAUAUCUGAACCAUUCUCCUCUGCUUUUCAUGGUGGUAUAAAGUUUACAUUUUCUUUUGUGAUCUCUAGUUGAAAAUGCAGUAUCUUUACAUGAUGCCAUUUUGCUGCUUUUGGUAACAGCCUGAGGUCCUGUGCCGUCAUUUAAAAUGACUGGCUGUAUGUUGGAAUAAUGGCGUUUCACAUCCUGAUUGGUUGUACAUCACCAGAGCACAUGUGUUAAAUUAACUGUACCAGCAGGUGCAGGACCCCCGAACCAAUCUGACCUUUGUCAUUAUUGAACAAGAUAUAUUUCAAAGUCAGAACCCUCCAUUGUUCAUCAAAUUUAGCAGAAUGGGUUCAUCAGAGAGCCCACAAACACCACAUUUAGGGGUACUGUGUUUUUACAAAGCCAGAUUUAGACACUCCAAACCUUUACUUAUUGCUUUUAAAGAAGGGACUGAAUGGUACAUUACCACGAACAAAACAUUUCCAAUUUAAAAAGUAAGAAGGCUGCUAAACCUCUUCAUUUAUGCUCUUAAAUAAAUAAAUAAAUAAAAAUAAAUAAAUCUGUCCAUUGACUUAACUCCCAUCGGCUUUUUCUUAACUGCUUCUUAUAUGUAUUAAGAGAUCUGAUCACCCAGGCCCAUCUGGUACAGCAGAACACUAUUUAUGAACAUGUGAGUCACCAUAGAGCUGUGGAUGAAACACUUGUGGAGUUGUCUUUUACCUCUAAAGUCAUGGUUUCAGAUCACUCUGGUGUUCUAGCACAACAUUUAUUUGAAUAUAAAUCUCAAGGUCAAGUUUUUAAAAAACAUAUUUAUUUUACCAACAAAUCAUUACACUGGUAAGAAUUGGUUAACAUUUUUAAUAUGGACAGAAAAAUGUUUGGAAAUGAAAAAUAACAAAACUUAAAAACUGAAAUCUAAAAUGUGAUUAACUUCUGAAACUCAGAUAUUGAUUACCAUGUUGAAAAGUAUUCAUCCUCUCCUCUUUUGCUGCCCACUGUGUCCAGGAGGAGUUCAGCCACCCUGUGGAGAGUCUCGCCUUGACAGUGGAUGAGGUCAUCAAUGUGCGCCGAGUGCUGGUCAAAGCAGAGAUGGAGAAGUUCCUCCAGAGCAAAGAGCUUUACAAUAACCUGAAGAAAGGAAGGGUAACAGAUUGGAGUUUCCCUCAUCCCCAUUUCUUUUUGUACAAUGUCUCUUGUAAAUGAACGCCCAGCUGUUACUGUGUGUUUUUUUUCUUAGAUCUGCUGCUGCUGCAGGGUGAAAUUCCCUCUCUUCUCAUGGCCGUCUACCUGCUUACUGUGCAAAAGGUAUCGCAAACAUUUUCACUUUCUUGAAUUUCUAAGAAUUGUAAGUAGUUUUUAAACGACAUUUUAUUAUUUAACAACCAAAACUUAAAUAGAUAAAGGUCCAAAUGACUAAUUUUCAAACAGUUUCCAUUGCCUGGAGCACAAAAUGGGCAACUUUAUCUUUGCUGAUUAUGCCCCGAUCAACUCCAGUGCCAAAAACAUGAAAGUUAACUUACAGAUCAAACAUUUCUGCUGUGGUGCUGCCUUGACUGGCUUGUUAGUUCACGUUGUUGCAUGACUCUAGUGUAAUAAAUUGUUAGUUCCAAUCAAAAACAAUAUUUCCAUGAACUGCAAAAACUGUAACUAAUCUGUGGAGGUGUAAAUAUCUUCACAAUCGAAAAUAUCUAUCUGUGAUUGGUUAUGGUUGGUUCUGUAGAGCAAAGUAAUACCUGUUUGUGUUUCAAAAUACUUCUGCAGCACUAGUUGCAAAAAUCUAAACCUGCCAAUAUCAAAAAGCAAUUUUUUUGGAAGCCGUUAAGAGAGCUGCAUUUCCCAACAAAAAUUAUAUUGCACCCGUUGCAACUUGUUCAUCUGCUGCUGGCUCAAGCAACUUAGCAGUGCAUCUCUGAAACACUUCUACAUUAUAGAGGCUGUGUGGAAAUAAGAGAAUAACCCUUUUACUUAGUGAUUCAUUGUUGGGAAAUCAUGGCCAAAACUGUGAGAAUGAAAACCCAUAAACCAACAUUUCCUCAAAGCAAACCCACUCAAGGGCUUUCAUAAAAUUUGAGUAACGACCUAUAAAACUUGCACCACCAGUAACAAGUCCACCACACACUUCCUUUAUUCAGUAAGCAAUGAAACUCUAGAUUUAAAAGACUUAACAACAAUUAUUUAGCUGACUUGGCAUUUUAUGAUUUAACCCCAUUUCUGAAAAAGUAAGGGUGCUGUGAUGAAAGCAACACAUGAACAGCAACACAACAUAAUAUCAUUAAAAGAUUCAGAGAAUCUGAAGAAAUCUUGGUGCAAAGGGGACAAGGCUAAAAAUCUAUUCUUGAUGCCAAUAGUCUUCAGCUCUCCGAUGCCACUGCACCAAAAAUAAAUAUGACGCUGUAGUGGAAGUCGCAGCAUGAGCUCAAAAUCACUUCCAAAAACUAUUUUUUGACAGACCAGUUAGUUGCUGCAUCGGCAAAUUCAAGUUGAAACUGAAUACAAAGAGGAAACCAUGUAGAAACAUUAUCCAGAAACGUGGCAACUUCUCAAAGUUUGAGCCCUUUUUAGAUGGACUGAGACAAAAUAUAGACCUGUUCUGUGGCCUGAUGUAAUGAAAUUUUAGAUUGUUUUUAGAAAUUAUGGACCACAUUCUCCACCUUUUUAAAAGAAGACGGAACAUCCUGCUUGUUUUUAGGAUACAGUUCAAGCCAGCAUCCAUGAUGGUACAGGAUACAUAAGUCCCUAUACACAUUUGGGAAAAUCCUCUAAUGCUGAACAAUACAUAUAAGUUUCAGAACAUCAUAUUACACAUAUUACAACAGCAUGGCCCUGCAGUCCCACUGAAAACAUUUAGGGCAAGAAUGACACAAAAUUACACUUUUAAAACUUCAGUAGCUGAUCUCUGCAAACCAUCAAAUUCUUAUUGAAUGAAUAUUUCACAAAGCGUUCUCGACUUUUUGGGGAACUGGGAUUGUAAAAGCAGAUAGGCGUCUUCUCCUCCCUAAUGUGACAUUCAUAAAUAAAGCUGUAAAUGUUCAUUUUUCUGUCUCUCACAGAUCUGUCUGCAGCUCCUGCAGUGCAAAGGUAACUGUUAACAGAUUUUUAAAUACAAGCACGUAAUCAAAAGCUUUUUGUGUCCUCUACUAAGCCUGGCUCUGUUCAUAUUUUGCCACGUGUUGCUCUGUAUAACAAUAAGAGUCAGUUGAAAUUUAAUAUUGAGCCUCUUGUUGACACAUAUUCCUCAUUUUGUCAAUUUUACCACCCAAUGAAUUUCUGUUGACGUCUUCUUCUUUUGUUCUUUUGUUGGUUUUGAUUUGUUGCCUCGGUCCCAGGCCAUGUUGGAUGUGUGGGUCUGUGCUCUGUAGGUUUGAUGUUAAGGCUGUUUGGAUUUUGUAUGUGCUGUUUUGUGAUUUCUGAAUGAUUUGUUGGUGGUUUGUUGGUUAUUUGUAUCCCAUUAUUUUACCUUUCUUGUGCAGUGAUUUCUCUGCUGGUAGUGUUCUUGUGUGACUGUGUGUCAUUUAAUGGUCUUGUGGCGUGAAAGUAUGGAGUCCUCCGUGUUUAUGCAUUUGAAUCUGUUUGGAGACUUUAAAUACUUUUUUUCAAAGUAUUUUUUGUAAUCAGGUAAACCAUUCUCACAGUUUUUUCUCUGUCUUAAUGUUUUCUUUUUGUGUUGCCACUUCCUGUGCUGUAGAUGAAGAUCCCCUCAAAGAAGAUGGCCCACAUUCCUGUCUACACUGUUGGCUUCCACAGCACCCCAAAGAGCCAUGGACAUAAGAGCCAGGUCUAUAAGUAAGUCUUUGUCAGAAGUGUGACAGAGAUACUUUUCAUAUUACAAGUGAGGAAGAUACAAAAACAGCUUAAAGGAGGGAUUUGUACGUAAGUAAGUCGUAAGCCAAAAAUCUGUCUGCAGCAUUUGUUAAAGGUCAAAUAUGAAAUUCUGAAGAGGGUUAAAGAUUUUUCUCAGUUUUGCUCAUUCAUCCUUUUAUUUCCCUCAUAUCUCAGGAUUCCCAAACAUAAAAAUAGCACUUUUGUAUGAGCUGGCCCCUACUAUGAUACAUACAACCAGGUGGACACUGCAGUGUUUCUUAGGAUCAGCUGAGCUCUUAUGCUUCUUCAGUACUAGAUGCUGCAUUUGAAAUCUAUUUAGACUGGCUAUGUGGUGGCUUUGUCAUUAAUGUUCAGGUACUGAAUAUUAAACAGUAUGACAGGCUAAAGUCCUGACUAGAUGGCGUCAUAAGAAGAGGAAUCAGCAGACUAAUAUCUUUUUUAAAAUCAUUCGAUCACAAAGGUAACCCAUCUUAAUGUUGACAAUAUUUUUAUUUAAAAAAGAGUUUCAUAAAACACAAAAGGUAAGGAAAAGGAAACAUCCAUGCAGUCAUUCAUAGCACUCAAUUCUCAGAGUUGAAACAAGGUGACGCUGACUUAACAUUUGGAGGGACUCUAAGCUCUUGACAUUCUCACCCAGUUUCCUUAGAGUCGUUUUAGCCAAUCCUGAAUCCUGUCCAAGCCAAGGUCAACCGCUCAGGCCAGGUUAAGACUGUGGGUUAUAUCUAUUUAAGUCUGCCUUCCCCUCCCUCAGACUGCUGACCGCUAACCUUCUCUCACCUAAGCAGAUACUUCAGCCAAUCACAGAUUGUCUACGCAAGCCAACCCCCCCCCACUCCACCAUCACCACCACCACCAUUGUUAUAUAACCAACUGUGUGCCUCCUGUGAGGCCUCUUAGCAGCCAUUAUGUAAUAAUUACCCACUUGUCAUUAAUAUCCUCUCUCCUUGUGUCUGUGUGAAGAUGGACCGUGAAACAAGAGUAAGAGAUUCACACAAUGACUAAGAGAGCCGGUGUGUGUGUGUGAAUGGAGAGUUUAUGAUCUUAUCAUAGCUGCUACACAUCUGUCAUCCCUAUUACCCUAAACAUUCAGGCUUCAUAACAGCAAAUAUGAGUGUUAAUUUAGUCAUUAAAGAUGGCCUUAAUCUUUUGUUUAGUAGCCAUUAAGACCUCCUUAGUAUGUCUUUUUACAUAGGGCCAUUUUUCUUGUGUUAGUUUUAUUAGAUAAGAUAAAUAGAAAAAGACAAUCAGCUGGUUCAUCAUGACAAACAGGAUACAGAGGGAAUCCAUGGCACAGUCAUAAUCUAAGGCGACCAGACGUACCCGAUUUCCGGGGACAGUCCCUGUUUUGGAUAACCUGUCCUUGGCUAAAGUUGGCCCUGGAAAUGUCCCAGAUUUUAGUGUUUCAUGAAUGAGAAAAAAAAAUGUUGCAUGUAAACUAGAACAACGAUCAUUACGGUAGCCAGGUAUAAUCAGUUUUUAUUUUACUUUUUAAAUGACCGCCAUUACUGAGAUGUUUUGUUUUAAAUUGUCCAGUACGUCCCAAACAAAAGACGAUGAAAACCAUGAGUUUCCUUCAGUCUGUUGAGUCUUGUCCUUCCGCUUUAAGCUCAGGCUCAUGAAGAUGUGCGUUUGUGUCACAACAUGUCAUUGUUGCUGUCAGAUUCACUCAUUUUCUAGUUUGGUUUUUGUCUCUUUUUAAAGCUCACAGACCUGAAAAGCUGAUCAGUGUUCAGCAGGCAGAGGAAAAUGUUGCUUUGUGUUCCAGUUGUUAAUUCUGGACAAAAUUUCCCAAAAGAAGUGUUUUGAUCAGUGGUCCUUGGAAAAUAGCAAAAUUAGGUACAAAAAUUGGCCCUGUCUGCUGCAGCUGGAAACCUCACUUCUGUGCUGGUUCUCUGCUGAUUCAAGGACAGAGCUGACCCGGACCCUUCAUGGGUAAUACUUAUAGCAUUCUAAAACCUCACUUAAAAGUACGUUUGUGUGUAUUUGUCAUUUUGUCCCCAGUGAGCAUGGUUUUCAUUGGAGUGAAAGAUUUUGAUUUGACCUCUUUCUGUAUGAAUGCUUUUAUGUGCUGGCCAUCAAAUCUUAUUUUUUACAGAGAACAAACUCCAAAAGCAUGAGCAAAGAGUUUUCCUUCAGUUAGAAAUAACAGAAAACCUUAUUAUCAACAGAUAGCUCUGCUCUUUGUGACAACAUUGCACAUAUAGAGUCUCUCCAAACCUCCUUGUCCCCUCUGCAGGUCUCUGCGCAGUUUAACUCGCCGCUCAGUGGAGGAGGAGUUCCCCCACCUAUACGCACACGGCUGCACGCUGCGCGACAUCUGUGCCGAAUGCACCAAAUUUGUGGCUGAUGUCAUUUCCUCCAGCCGGCGGAGCUUGGACAUCCUCAACAACACUCCCAAGAGGGAGGCUAAAUCUGCUGCUGCUGCCGCCGCUGCUCCUCAGAGACCACAGCUGCAACGCCAGUCCAACCUGGAGAUUUGUCCUCCAUCUUCCCCUCAGAGUCACCCUCAGCUUCCUCCCCAGCACAGUCAUCUACAGCUUCUCGUGUCAUCAUCGGCCCAUUCACCUCAGCUCCAAACCAAGACCAUCAACAAUGUGAACCAAUGAACAGUUGGACUGAUGUUUUAUUCCUCUGUGCAAACACCCUCACACACACACACGCUCCUUGCACACACACAUGCACAGAAAGGGGGGGGUCUUUUAAGGGGUCUAGCGCCGACACAUCAAACAAAUAUGAGAAUAAAUGAGAACUUCAAAUCCAGCAGAGGUCCUACUUUAAGGAUUGUUUGGCUGGAGCAUCAAACGCGUUCUUGUGCUUUGUUAUUAAAGCUAUUCUGGAGUUGUUGAACCCUUUUUUUAGAAAGAGAAUCUAGACCACCACCACCUCAGCUAUCAGCCACUUACCAACUACAUCACACACACACACACGAUGCAUAUGCACUGCACCCUGGUCAUAUUAAAGGUUUAAAUAAGAAGCAGUUGUGUGUGUAUCUGCUGUAUUUGCAGCGCCAUGACUUCUCUUCCUGCUGCUCACAGCUGCUGGGAAGCAGCAUGAGAGGACAGAGGGCAGCUGAGGAGAGCACUUGUGGUUAGGGGAGUAAACACUGUGAGAAAGAGAGAGAGAGAGAGAGAGAGAGAGAGAGAAAGAGAGAGAGGGUGGAGGGGUCAUUAGGUGGUGGUGGUAGUUUAAGAGGGAUGAAAGCUGAGCAGCAUAGAGUAAACAUGUAACCCUUAGCAUUUUAGCUCUCUGUGGUUGCCUUGUUUUGUCAUGAAUGUAACUUAGAGAUCCAGAAACAGAAUUGUAAAGUUUUAAGCUCGUACACAGCGUAGAAACAAUUAUUUUUAAGCAUCUUAAAAGGGAUUUAUAAUGAGUGGCUGCUGCAUAAUGAGGCCUCUUUUGCAUUUUAGAUAUGCUUGUGAAGUCCCAGGUACAGCUGGAUGGGGUAUGAUAGCGGCGACACUGUGAAUGUAACGGGGUAAAGCUGCAUCUUUAUCUGCUGCAGCAUGAUGGUGCUGAUCUGAAGCAAGCAGACGAUACUCCCGCCUCUCACCCCCCUAUAGACGCUUGCAAUCUGCUCUGGUUUUGUAAAUACUAAGUAAACCUCAACUGCAAUAAAAUGUAACAACAAACACAACCA